AGCUCAAGUCGCGUCAAACUGCGUCCUGUGCAGUUUGAGGCAGAUUGCAUGGCGCCUGGCUUUGUGUUUUUAUCAAGCCUGGCCACGGCGGCGGCAUUGACAUGCCUCCCUGAUGCCGUUCCGGAAUCUCAGCGCAAGAAUGUGACUAUCCAAGGCGUCUCGAUGCCACUAGGCUAUCACAGCUUGAGUUGGGAAUCCGCACUGAUAUUGAAGGACAUCUGGGUCAUCCUGAUGACAGAGGUGCUGGGGAUCAAUGCCAAAGACAUGGGCGUCUCCUCCAAUGCUGCACAGGCGUGGUGGCUGAUCGGAGGCUGCGAGAACAAGUUGGGAAACACGUUCGAGGAGAGGCAAUGUAUGCAGCCCGGUUUCAUCCCGGAAUGCCACGUGAUCAUGGAGAUGUGGAAGAAUCCACUGACCGGGCUGAUCAAAGAGUACGACACCUGGAAUGCCGACCUCGCGCCGGUGGUGGCCAAAGAGCUCAGCUAUGCCGGCUCCGAGUUCUUGUCCGUGUUCCCCAAGGCGAUUGACUUAGCGGCACAAGAUGGCAUCGCUUUGAACUUCUAUCAGUCGUGGAACGCGUCUUGGUCGAACAUGUCCCGGUACUUCAGCAGGAUCACAGAUAUCGACUUCGCCGAGCUGGCGAAUUGCUCGGCCAUGUACAAGUUGAAAGUGACCAGCUUCCUCGACACCUUUGAGGAAGUCACGGGCUACCAGGGCGCCGUGGUGAACGGGGAGUUCGUGUGCUGGCAGGACAAGUGGCUCUUGGGGCCCGGAUGCCGCGACCCAGAUCGGCCCGAGCUGUGUGUGCCCUUCAUCACUGCCUUCGGGUGGCUGGCCGAAUCUUCCAUUCAGAAGAUCUUUGCGUACAAUACAGCGAUGGCCUAUGGCGAGGCGAAUACAUGGGGCCUCUAUUUGGACAUCCCGCGGCGGCACGACGUGGUGGUGUACUGGUGGUCUCCGGACUCCAACUUCAAGGACAUGAACCCCUCCAAGGUGAUCUUCCCUGGUCCAAGCAACAGCGUGGCCUGGGGCAACAUGCAGCGCACCGCCCAGUACCCUGAGAGCACCUUGGUGACGGUCCUGAACCGCGCCCUCGUGGAGAACAGCGACGAGUGGAAUGCCAAGGCGGUGAAGCUGAGCAAGCGGAUCGACAUCACCAACCCGGAGAUGGACGCGGCCAUGCUUGGGCUGUACGAGAAGACUGUGGCGAAUGGGUGGAGCUACACCAACUUCUUCAACGAAGCCUGCGAAUUCAUCAAGGACAAUUGGGGCAAGGUCUCCGCGUGGAUUCCUUCUGAUGUGGAGUGCGCGCCCGGCACAGGUGUGAGCACUGCUAGCGGCGGCCGCGACGUGAGGACUUUGGAGGAGGCGGCGUCUUGCAACUGGUGCCCACCCGGAAGAUAUUCCGAAGCCUUCACCUUGCCCAACGCGGCCGGGACCCGAUUUGUCUCAACUUACAGGUGCAGCCAAUGCGCGCCGGGACAAAAGCAGCCGGUGGGUGGAAGUACGAGCUGCGAGACGUGUUCCGCUGGCAGCUUCAGCUCUCAGCCGGGCGCAACGGCCUGCGCCCUGUGCCGCAUCGGAUCCUACAUGGGCUCCAGAGGGGCCGCGGAAUGCCAGUCCUGCAGAUUGCCAAUGGUCACGGGCCAGGAGGGCAGCCUGUUCGUGGAGCAGUGCCAAUGCCCGCGCGGCACGGUGCGGCCCUGCCGGUACCGUGGGACCAUGCGUUCUGAAUGCAGGUGCAACAACACGGAGAUCUACCAGCCGAACACCGGCGCCGCCUGCAUCCCCUGCCCCGCGGGCUUGAUCUGUGAGCUCGCGGCCGACGAGAAGGAUCUCCCCUGCACGGCUGCCAUGGAGGCGCCGGAGCUCAACUACCCCCGGCCUAUGCCAGAGCACUACACUUCCGCUGAGAACCCCUUGAGCGUCUACAAGUGCAAGGACUCGUGGAUUUGCCCUGGCAACGCCUUGGGCAAAUGCGGGCCGCACGCCACCGGCACUGCCUGUGGCUUUUGCGAGGAUGGCUACUACCGGGAGGUUUCAGGGCACUGCAGCCAGUGCUCCGCGGCCUUCCGGCUGCCGCUCUUCCCGGUGCUGCUGAUGUUGGGCGGCCCGGUGGCGCUGGUGGUGAUGAUGAAGCUGGGCACCAAGGACGUGCUGAAGUCCCAGCGCUCGAUCUUCAACGAGAUGCUGGGGAUUGGCUACGUGACUCUGAUCUUCAUGCAGACCUUGGGCACCAAUGUAGGAAUCCUGCCCACAGCUCCCGCGGCGGUGUCGGACAUGCUGUCCUGGACACCGGCCGUGUCUGACAUUGCCUCGCAGUUCCGGUUGCAGUGCUUCGUGAGCAUGAGCUUCGGGGUGGAGUUCGCCCUGAAGCUGCUGGCGCCCUUCUAUGGGGGUGUGGUCUUCCUGCUCCUGUACAUCCUCAGCCGGUGCAUUCCGCGGCUCCACUUGGACAAGGAUGUGAUCAUCGGGACCUAUGGGGGCUUGCUGAAUGCGUUUGUCAUCUCCAUCGUGAACUUGUCGCUCACCCUCUUCCAGACAUACCAGCAUCCCAACGGAUUGUGGUCCAUGAUUUCGGCCCCUGGUGUCAUCACCAGCUCGGAUCUUUGGCACAGCUUGGUCGGGGGCACUGUGUUCUGCGUGAUGGUGUACUGCAUCGGCGGUGUGGUGGCUACCAUCUAUGCGCUUUGCAUGGCGCCGACCCAUUUCAAGGACCCGGGCUUCCGAAAGCGCUGGAAGUUCCUCUUCCUCCAGGUUCGGCCUUCCGCCUAUUGGUGGAUCACCUGCUCCAUUGUGAAGGCGCUGUUCCUGUCUCUCACCACGGUGAUCUUCGACUCGGCGGUUGCACAAACUGUGUGGCUGGGCACAGGCCUGGUGCUGUACUUCCUGUCGGUCUUUUGGUUCCUGCCCUGGCGAGCCUCCUCCUUGCUCUUCCUGGACGUGUCGUUGCACUACGUGCUCACCGUCCUAUGCUUGGUGAUGCCCUUCUUCAUUCCCGCCUCGGCGACUGAGCUGCUCGACGUGGUCGCCAUCUUCAUCGUGGUCUGCUUUGUGGGUGUCACCUUUAGCAUCGGCUGCGUCUUGGGCAUUGUCCGGACCCAGUCCCCAAAUGUGCAGAGAAAGUGGAGGCUCAGCUACGAGAAGAGCGCCCGGCAGUUGGUGGAGGUGUUCCAGGUCAUGGAUGACCCGGUGGUCUUGUCCAAAGUGUUGCAGGGCCUGAGCGACGUGGAUUUCAGAUUGUCCAUCGAUGUGAUGAAGGUCCUGAGCGUAGAGCUGCUGGGCAACAAGGAGACAGGUCGCUUGAUCUGGAGGCAGCACGGCCGCAUGAGUUUCAACAAGCAGCAGGAACGAGGACCGGACAAGCCGGAGAAUUUCUGAGCGGGUCUCCUUUUCACGAAAGCUAGCUUUAGCUAGCUGAAGUUUCUCCUUGCGUAAGCAAGGUAAGGGGCUCAAAUGCCGAAAGAUUGAUUUUUUCAAUUAUUUGAGCCGAAAAGAUUGAAAAACAUCAAUUAUUUAGACCCCCCCCCCCCUCCCCCCCCCCCCGGGUCUCAGGCUCGAUUCCUCCCUGGUCCAUCCCCCCCCCCGGGCAGUGGCUCAGUGUUCAGCAGUCUCGGUUUGCCCGUUUUGGACUUGGUGCUACGAACUUUUACAUGUUCCACCGAUUCAGCUUGUUCAUUUGAGACCUCAGUCUUCUCGGUAAACCACCUCGCAAGAAUCUUUGCACACGCAGCAUGCAGAACCCAGAGGUGCUUUAAGACGGCUUCUGACGCCUCUCGUUGUUUUCAUUUUUCAAGGUUUGCCACGCCACCAUGUGCGCUUGCGUGUCGCAUCCUACGAAUCUUGCCGGGCUAUGAAUCCACUCUGUCACCGACCCAUCUCAUGCAACAACUGCUAGCUUUCGUUCACCCGCUCCUCAAGUUUUGGUUUUUUUGUGCUUUUCAGUCUUGUCUGGCCAACCGCAAGGGGUUCUUUCGAGACUCACAACGUGUGUGAGCAGUUCUAAUGCACGGAACCUCUCUCGGCGAAGCUGAGAGCGAUUCGGGCUGCGGCUUGGCAGAAGGCGCUGAGGAUUUCGAUCCACUCUGAUUAGGGGGUGGUUUUGAAUGCCCCACCUGUUGAUUUUCCCUGAGUGCCAAAAGCGUGGAAACCAGCAGUGCUGUUUCAGUGAGCUAUCCGAGCUUCGUUUCCUUGCCAGGAACGAGGACCGGCCCGCCCGAGACUUUCUGCGCAGGCCCUUGUUUUUGGGCCAGGCAAGCCAGGGUUUGAUCAGUUUGUGGCAUUGUGUUUUCUGUUUUUCGUGCUUUUCAGUUCUGGCCAAGCGUCCUGCAUUCCCAGACUCACAACGUGUGUGAGCAGUACUGCGACGAAGCUCUCAGCGAAGCUGAGAGCAACUCGGAGGGCAACAGAAGCUGCGGAUGUCGAUUCACUCUUUGCAUGCGGCAGCGUUUUGACACUUCGCAUAUGCCCACACAUGCAACACAUGCAGCUUGCAGGCUUGUCACCUGGCUCCUUGCAACUGGAGUUUUCCUUCUUCGCGCGGGCCGGAGGUGG